CCUAUCCUCAACACCUUCUAUAAAUAGCAUGCCUCACCAUAGGCUACUCAAGGCACAAACCCUUCAACACACCAAAAGUGAAGCCAAAGCCUAAGACCAAUUUGCAUCUCAAUAGCAAAUUCCACAUCACAAAAUUUAUAAAAAAUGGCACCAACAUCACUUUUGGCCAUAGCUCUUGCCUUAGCCAUCUCCAUCCAAGGAACUCUAGGUGAAAUUCGGUGUGAGGACCUGAACGAGAACUCGUGCGCGUUCGCAGUCUCGUCCACGGGCAACCGCUGCGUGCUCGAGAGCCGAAGCUUCCUGCGCAUGCUCGGAACUCCGGACGGGUACACGUGCCGCACGUCCGGGAUCAUGGCUUCCGACAGGCUCACCAACUACAUCGAAUCCGAGGAGUGCAUCGCCGCCUGCGGAGUCGACAAGCGGGCCCUCGGCAUCUCCUCUGACUCCCUACUCGACCACAACUUCAUCAACAAGUUAUGCUCCGUGUCGUGCUACAACAACUGCCACAACAUCGUCGACCUAUACUUCAACCUCGCAGCCGGUGAAGGUGUGUACAUCCCCAAAGUAUGCGAAAGGCACCGCUCAAGCGCACGUCGUGGGAUGAGGGAGGAAAAAUUCAACUCGGCGAUCUAUCAGAAGCUAAAGAUAUCUUUACCGACACACCUGGUCCCGAAGCCGCAACUCCGGAAGCCUAUUGAAACUACUCAAGGCACAAACUCUUUCAACACACCAAAAGUGAAGCAAAUACCAAGACCAAUUUGCAUCUCAAUAGCGAUGGCACCAACAUCACUUUUUGCCAUAGCUCUUGCCUUAGCCAUCUCCAUCCAAGGCACUCUAGGCGAGAUCCGGUGUGAGGACCUGAACGAGAACUCAUGCGCGUUCGCAGUCUCAUCCACGGGAAAACGGUGCGUGCUCGAGAGCCGGAGCUUCCUGCGCACGCUUGGGACUCCGAAUAGGUACACGUGCCGCACGUCCGACAUCACGGCUUCCGACAGGCUCGUCAACUACAUCGAGUCCGAGGAGUGCAUAACUGCCUGUGGGGUCGACAAGCGGGCCCUUGGCAUCUCCUCCGACUCCCUACUCAACCACAACUUCAUCAACAAGUUAUGCUCCGCGUCGUGCUACGACAAAUGCCACAACAUAGUGGAUGUCUACUUCAACGUCGCAGCCGGUGAAGGUGUGUACAUCCCCAAAGUAUGCGAAAGGCACCGCUCGGGCGCACGUCGUAGAAUGAAGGAGAAAAAAUUCAACUCGGAGAGUGGACUUGCUUACGCACCAACUAGUCUAUCACAAGCUAAAGAUCACAUUACCAACACACAUGCACCAACUACUAAUGAUAUGUCAGAAGCUAAAGUUCUCGUUGCCAACGCACCCGAAGCCGUAGCCUGCUCACCAGAGACUAACGAACUAUCAGAACCUAAAGAUAUCCCUGCCGACACACCUGAAGCCGCAACCUCCACACCAACUAUUAACGAUCCAUCCAAAGCUAAAGUUCUCCUUGCCGACGCACCCGGUCCUGAAGCUGCAGCCCCAAACGCCUAUUGAAGUUUCUCCUGUACCCUAUGAAGUUUCUCUUAGGGGAAAUUUUAUAGGCUUUAAAGUUAAAAAUUUCCUUUGUAAUGAGAGUUUUGGUCAGACACAAUCAUAAAAUAAGGUUUUUUAUAUCCAUUGCACCUACGUAUUAUUAAGUGUGUGUUUCUUUAUGUGCUUCCUUGUUUAAUUAUUGUUUACUUAUACAAUAGUUUGAUUUGAGUGUUA